AUGGCCAAGUGGCUACGAGACUACCUGAGCUUUGGCGGUCGGAGGCCCCCUCCGCAGCCGCCCACCCCCGACUACACGGACAGCGACAUCCUGCGGGCCUACCGGGAACAGAAGGAUUUGGACUUCGAGGACCCCUAUGAGGAUGCAGAUAGCCGCCUAGAGACCGACUCCGCGGGGCCCGGGGACUCCAAGGGCCCUGGAGACACCAAGUACGACUCUCCAAAGCACCGGCUCAUCAAGGUGGAGGCAGUCGACGUGGCCAGAGCCAAGGUCUUGCUGGGCAGCCCCCGGGAAGAGUUGGAAGUCGACACCGAGUACUCGGACCCCUUUGAUGCCCAGCCUCACCCGUCACCCCCAGAUGACGGCUACAUGGAGCCCUACGAUGCCCAGCGAGUCAUGAGCGAACUGCCAUACAGGAGGGUGCAGCUAUAUGACACUCCCUAUGAGGAGCAGGACCAAGAUCUGGGAGAUGGGCCUCCUUCAGGGUGGAAACCUCGGCAGAGCCGGCUGCCCCAGGAGGAUGAACGGCCAGCAGACGAGUAUGACCAGCCCUGGGAGUGGAAGAAAGACCACAUCUCCAAGGCGUUUGCAGUGCAGUUUGACGGUCCGGAGUGGGAAAGAACUUCAGGCUCAGCCAAGGAACUCCGGAGAGUCCCGCCCAGAAGCCCCCAGCCUGCAGAGCGCGUGGACCCGGCCCUGCCUCUGGAAAAACAGCCGUGGUUUCACGGCCCGCUGAGCCGGGCAGAUGCCGAGAACCUCCUGUCGCUCUGCAAGGAAGGCAGCUACCUCGUGCGGCUCAGCGAGACCAGCCCCCAGGACUGCUCCCUAUCCCUCAGGAGCAGCCAGGGCUUCCUGCAUCUGAAGUUUGCUCGGAUCCGAGAGAACCAGUUCGUGCUGGGUCAGUACAGCGGCCCCUUCCCCAGCGUGCCGGAGCUGGUGCUCCAUUAUAGCUCCCGCCCACUGCCCGUGCAGGGCGCUGAGCAUCUGGCCCUGCUGUACCCCGUGGUCUCACAGACCCCCUGACUGAACCUCAGCGCCCCCGCCCUGGGCUGUGAGGACCCAGAUCAGUGGCUGCAAACGGUGGAGGUCUUUCCAGUCCUGGGGAAGGCUGUAUGGAGAGACCCCCGUGCCCCUCCAGGCUCUGGGUCUUCAUCAGAGCCGCCCUGCUCAGCCUCCUUCUGGGUUCUACGGAUCAGAAUUGGGUCUCGAAGCCCUCCUCUGGCCUGGAAAAUA